AUGGAGGUAAAUGUAUUCACCUACUCCAAGUUCAACCUCGAGGCUCUGUGCCGUCGAGCAAGUGCACUACGGCACGGUGGUGUACCAUGUGUUUGCACUCCGGAUCAACGUCCUGCCUCGGGAAGCUUCAACUGGGCUAUCUUCAUUGUAUUUACAGAUGGAAUACGAUGGGUCCUGCGAUCUCCACACCCCAGACCAUUUAUGCCACUGGAAAUGGCAAUGAAGUUACUGGCCAGUGAAGCUGCCACGCUCCGAUACCUGAGGGCUCAUAGCGACAUUCCAGUCCCAGUAGUGUACGACUACUGCGCUUCUUCCGACAACGAUAUCGGUAUCCCAUUUAUUCUCAUGAGCGAAGCGCCGGGGUGGCCACUCUCGAAAGCCUGGAAACCGGCUGGUUCUCCUCAGCGUGACCUAGACACAUCCAUCAAGGCAAGAAUUACACAGCUGGGCCGCAUUACCUGGAAGCUCUCCCACUUGCGCUUUGAGGAAAUUGGCUCACUCUUCGAAGAAGAGGAGUCCUUCCAACCCAAGGAAUGCCUCUCACGUGGUCACAUAUUACAUGAACGAUACGAUCUGGAGACCUCACGUGGACCUUUCACUUCUGAGGCAGAGUUCUGGGACAGCCUUAUUUCUGCGUUCGUGGGGCACGCAGAGGCUCUGCCGUUAUCGCACCAUUGCUUCGUGGCACCUGUUCCCUCGCCCGAAGAUUACCAAGCCGGCAUGCAAUACAAGAGCGCCGUGAGCCUAUGGAACGACUUCGUGACUGUUGGAGGUAAAAUCGACUCGUCACGAACAGACUGGAUUACAUCAUUUGGUCAACUUCCAGCCAUCGUUCCGGAGACAUUUCCCUUGUGCCACGCUGAUCUGAGUGUCAACAAUAUAUACGUUGAUGACGACUAUAAUAUCACGUGCAUAAUUGACUGGGCAUUCUCUUCAUCCGUCCCCGAAUCCAUGUUGUUAGCCGCCCCAGGACUGCCGCAGUACCGCGACGAAAUCAGUUCAGAAUUACAUACCCCCUUUAUACAUGGUUUUGUCGCUGCCAUGCCCGACUCCGCCGACAAGAGCUUGAUCCACAGAUAUCGCGAAUCACUUUAUCAGGCCCACGUUGCCUGGAGAUUGAGUCGCCUUCUCAGCCUUGACUCUAUUGCCGACUACGACCUUUUCGCGACCGUGUGGCACUUUACACGUGGUCCCGAGGCCGAUCUGGCACAAUAUAUUUUACAACAGCGGUAUUCGCCUCGAUACGUCCAGCUUUAUAAAGAACUUCAAAAAGAGGACCAGCAACCCUCAAAGAUUGAGAAAGAUGAAAAGAACUACUUUCACGACAAGGAUCUCAGAUAUACAGUUGCAAAGAAGCUGACGAUUAUGCCAGAAUGGAAAACUCAAUAUACCGCAGACGAUCCGCCAACACGGCUUCGUAAAGACAUGUUUGUCGCCGGCCCCAAGCUGUGGAAAUGGAUCCUACAGUUUAUGCGAGACUGGGAAGACAUGCGAUGA